GUUCGACUCUAACUCAAGAGGUCCUUCUUGUCUCUCUCCUUGUGCUCGCAACGACAAGUUUCGGUGCAAAAGAAAAGAAAAGAAAUCGCCAUGGAAGACGUGAACCAGUUGUUCGAUGCUGCUUUCGAGUUCGCACACUAUCCCGGUCCUCAAGGUGACUCCUCGGUUAAGGAGUUCCUCGAUCGCUUCCCUCUCCCCGUUAUUUUCAAUGCAUUGCAAACUGAAACGGAUAUCCCAGGCUUUGAAACGACGCUAGUAACUUGCUUGGAAAGAGUUUUCAAGACUAAGUAUGGAGCUUCACUCAUUCCUCACUACAUGCCUGUUCUGCAAGCUGGUCUCAAGGCAGAUUCUGCAGUGGUGAAAUCUCUGGCUUGCAAAACUGUCACCUGUCUCUUGGAGAAUCCAGAUGCAAACGAUGUUUCUCCUGUUCAGCUGAUUGUUAACAAUGGCAUAUACCCUCUUCUGCUGGAGUAUAUCAUAAAAAGCGAUGAUGAAGUGGCUCAUACUGCAAGUGAGACUAUUAAGAGCCUAGCACGCUUUCCAGACGCAAUGUCGGUAAUUUUUCCUUCUGAUACCAACGAUGCUACACACCUGGGUAACCUUGCUGCAAGGAGUUCGUCGCUGGCACGUGUCCGGGUUUUGUCUUUGAUAGUGAAGCUUUUCUCGAUUUCUCCACAUGUAGCGUCAGCAGUUAAGAACUCAGGGCUUCUUGAUUUACUCGAGGCAGAAAUGAAGGGUACUAAAGACACUCUUGUGAUCUUAAAUGUUCUGGAACUCUACUAUGAGUUAAUGGAAGUGGAGCACAGUUCAGCGUUCGUGCCACAAACAUCACUUAUUCAGAUGUUUUGUUCUAUCAUCAGUGGUACAUCAGUGGAUCUCUUUCUGAAGUUGAGAGCAAUGAUGAUAAGUGGCAGGCUCCUCUCGAGGGACAAUAUCUACAAUACAGUGGAUGAAGCUUGUGUGAAGGCGUUAAUUUCAGCUAUUGAUGCAAGCCUGGAGUCACCGGAGAUGAAUGAUACAGAUGCACAUGAAGCUGCGCUUGAUGCACUUGGUCAGAUUGGAUCAACAACGAAAGGAGCGAAUCUAGUCCUUUCGACUACACCUCCAGCUGCAAGACACGUUGUUGCUUCUGCGUUUGAUCGCAAUGCCCAUGGAGGAAAACAGUUGGCUGCCCUUCACGCACUAGCAUACAUUGCGGGUGAAACACGGCCGAAGAGCAGCAGAAUAGUUGAUGAAAAAGCUGAAGAAAACCUUAGAUGUUUAAUAUACGAUGUUGCAGCACAGAGCACAAAACUAACCCCAUCCGGUUUAUUCCUUUCAGUUCUUCAACAAAGCUCAGAGAUGCGUCUUGCGGGUUAUAGAACAUUAGCAGCGUUGGUGGCUAGGCCAUGGGGGCUGAUGGAGAUCUUGGCGAAAGAAGAGAUAAUAAACAUAGUGACGGAUGCAACCACUGAAACUGCAAAGAUAGCAAUGGAAGCGAGGUAUAACUGCUGCAAAUCAAUUAACGAAGCGUUCUUGUGUAGUAACUUUGUUGAUGACCCUCGUCGUCUAAAAACUGGUGAAAAGUUGCAAGAAGCUGUUAGAAGUGGACCGUACAUGUCGAAGAAGUACAGAGACGCACGACCAGAAGUAAUGAUGGCCGAAGGGUUCUAAUGACAUAACUAAAAACCGAAAGUUUUUUUUUUUUAAAACUUGGACCAGAUCUGUGCCUCUUCUCCGUUGUUCGAUAAGCAACUUUAGUUCGUCUUUUCUGUCUAAACAGCAAGUUUCAAGAAUCGACUAGGAUGUUGUUUUGACCUUGAACAACAGUAAAACUUUUUGUUUCAA